UAUCAGUGCUGCCACCUAAUGUAGGUAACAAACGAAAUAUUUCGUACGCAGUCGGUGAUAUUUACAACUAAUAUUUUGCCACUGUUUUGACAAAUAAAAGACCAAAUCUCACAAUACUUCUAUGUUCUAAUAACACUAUUUUAAGGAAUUGUGACUGAUAUCAUAUUAUGUAUUAACAUACAGAAAAUAUUGUGGUAGCUGUUGCGUUCGGCGUACAGGCACUACUUGACAAAAUAUGGUCGUGCCUAGUGUCUGAACAGAUAAGUGGUGAUGUGUGAACAGACUGAAAUUGACUAUUUGGAUGGGGAGGUGGUGUGGGUCAAAUUGGGCUCAUGCUGGUGGCCCGGCGAAGUGAUCGCUCCUGAGAAGCUACCACCAGAUGUGUUGAGAUCAUUUCGGAAGCCCCCUAUAGCUGUUGUCAAAUUCUUCCAGGAGGACAAAUAUGAAUAUGUAAAGAACAUUAAUUUUAUUUACAAAUACAACUGCAGCCGAAAAAAUGAAUUCAUUAAUAAAGGAUUAUAUAUGUUCAGAACCAAACAUGGACAUAUGGAGAAGUUUCCGGAAGAUGUCAUCCGUGCUGAGACUGCUGUCGGCGGUGAUGUAGAAAUACUCACAAGAGAUGAAUUUCAAGAAACCAAAAAACCAAGCUAUGCUGGCCUUUUUGGUGAUCCCGCGAAGAGGACUCCAGGCUCUGGUAGAAAAGGUAAGAGCGCAAGAGGAAGGCCAGUAGAAUCUCCUAGCUACACACCAGUCAGAAAGAUUAAAGAAAAAACUGACUAUAAAGUUCAUAUAUUAGUCCAAGGAUCAAAAUCUUUGGAAACUUCUGAAAAUACUGCAACAGAAGUUUCUUCUACACCAUCAACAAGCUGUGCAGAGUCAGAACCACAAAAUAUUGAAGAUAAACAACAAACUAAUAAUGAGCAAACUGAAAUUGUGGCAAAACCAGUUUCUAAUUUCUCAACUCCAGUAGCUUCAAGUUCAGGCAUUUAUUCAUGUCAUGCAUGUUCAUUUACUACAUCUAGGUUAAAUGUUUUGAUUUUACACAACAAAUCUCAUAGUAUAUCAUUUACACCAUACACACCUUCACCAGUAGUGAAGAAAUUUACGCCCAAGUCCUCAUCAAAAACAACUCCAAAAGUGCGGCGUAUUCGUACAGAAAAAAAAGAGAAAUUGCCUAAAAUUAAAUCACAAGGUAAAAAACGGAUAGCUGAAAAUCAAUCAUCAGAAAAUGAGGUAAAAAAGCCUAAGACUGAUGAAGAAAUUAAGAGUAGUCUAUUGGCUGAUUGGGACGAUGGCGACGAUGAAUCUAACGACGAAUCUACUAGCAUGAUUAUAGCUGGUUCCCCAGAAGUGCCUGUAGCUGCGGAGUCACCAGCAGUCCCGACACCCGCUGAACUUCCUAGUGCACAAAUGCCUGCCGAGAUAUCAUCGCCUACGGAAAAGAAACCAGACAGUCCGCCAUCCAGUGACAAACCUGAAGCCUGUAGUGAUUCUAAGUAUGAAUUUUGUGAGGAUGAGGACUGGCCUUUGGAGACUGAUGCUGGCAGAAAAAUUCCGCGUGUCAAAAAUCCAAAAAGAAAAGAUGAAUCUAAAAGUCUCAGUUUGGACGAAGAUGAUGUGGCUAGGGAAGUAGCGGAACUACUCAACAAGACUAGUGUACCAGAACUUCCCUCUGUUCCUGAAUCUUUAAAAGUGGAGGAAAAUUUUCCUGAGCCUUCAAUUGUAAAAUCUCCGGACAAAAAUCCCGAAAAGAUGCCAGAUAAAUUGCCAGAUAAUCUUCCAGCAGAGGCUCAACCAUCAAAAGCUAUAUUUAAAACUAAAACAUUUUUUCGUAGCCGACACUCUAGAAGCCAGGAUGCAAUCGGAAAAUAUGUUGCGGAACAACUAAACGCAGUUGAAAGAAUGGAUAUAAGUGAAAGUGAAAUUAAUGGAUCCGAGAUUGUGUCCUCACCGGAAGCGAGGGAGUCCCCGCCUAUAGAGCAUGUCAAGGUGGCAAGACUUGCGCCUAAAAUUCAAUUAAAGAAAAUGAAAGCGGAAGCAGCACAACUGCGUGAAAAAGAAAAACACAAUCAAGAAACACAAUUAAAUGAGCUACAAGAGCCAUAUCCAUCUGUAGAUGCAAUAUCUAGUUCUAUUGGCUUGUGUGAAGGAACAAGCGUAGCUAAAGAAGAAGAAUCAACUGAAAAACCUAUGGUACCUAUAUUAUCUCCGGAUGUAAUAUACCCUACGCAAGAAAUAAAACCAGUUUGCUCAGAACCAUCUGAAACAAUGAAACCCCUAAAACUUAACUAUACUGAAAGUAUAACAGGUGAGCCAAUUGUAGCUAAAGUUAAAGACAAUGAGGCUAAAUUAAUUAAGGGUGCAAAUAAGGAAAAUACGGAUAUUAUAGAAAAAGAAGAAAUUAAUCACGGUACCGAAAAACAACCAGAUAAUGAAUUGCCUGAUCUAAAGUUUCCAGAAUCAACUCUUCAGAAAUCAUACGAACCAUCGAUUGAAAGGUAUAUGAACGAAUCUACAGCAUCAGCCGUUGAUGCUUUAUUGAGCGUAUCCCGGGAAACUGAUAGAGUGACUAGAAUCAUCAGCAACGAUCCUCCAGAAGAACUAUUUGAAGAUGACAACAAAGAUAAUUCUAUUAAUAAUAAUAUAAAUGGCAAUCACAAUGAAAAUAUAUUACUACAAAAUGAUUAUAUGGAAGAUAAAAUUAUGACUGAUAAUACUAAUAAUGUGGAGAAAGAAACAAAAGACCUCAAUAAUUAUGUUGCACUUGACGCAUUCGUCGAAGAUAAAAAGGAGGUUCAUUUGGAGAAUAAGCAUAAUGAUGAAGGUAACAUUGCUGAAGAUGCAGAUAUUGUAUCAAAUGAACAGGUUACAGUUAACAAUGAUAAAAAAGAGAACGAAAAUAUCGAUGAAAGUUUGCCUGUCGUUGAAAAUUUACCUGCUAUCGAAAAUAUCCCAUCAGAAUCAGAUCUUCAAAUUGCAGAAACAUUAAUUAACCUUCCAUCAACUGCAAUACAAAGUAAAACAUCUAGUGAUCAUCUUGAAAAUAUUCAGCUGCCGAUUCCAACGGAAAUCCCCAUAAACCAAGAUGAAAAAAGUUUAAAUACUAAUGAGGAUGUGUUUGACGAACAAAUUUCUGACGCAAAAGCAGAAAUUCCAUCUGAUAAUGUUAACUUGUCAACAGACACACUUCUGAUUACAAACAAUGAAAACAUUAAAUUUCGUUAUGAAACUGAGCAGGAAAAGAGUGAAAACUUAAAUGCUGCUCAGUCAUUGGUGCAGAUGUCUGAAUCCGUCGAUCAUAAAAUUAAUAUAAUAGAACCUAAUGUCAUUAGUAGUAAGAAAAAGUCUGAACCAGCCGUGUUUGCGGUUAAACAAAAUAAUGGUAUAGACAAAACAGUGGAACAAAAGGUCGCUUUGUUAUCAAGUGAAAAUAAAAGUGAUAUUACAAACUCGAAAAGUGCUAAGUUCGAGACUUCUUCAUCUAAGUUAUUAAAGAUUCUGGAAGAGCCAUGUGUACCAAAACCGCCUCUUCACUCAUCGCCAAGUCAGGUUAUGAUUCCACGAAAAGAGAAGAUUUUAAAUUUUGAUGUGGCAAAGUCAUCUUUAAAAGGCAAACCUCAAUCUACAAAACAAAAAAUAAUUAUACGACGUACAACACCUAGUAAGAAUGUUAUAAAUAAUGUGAAUGAUAUAACAUCCAGCUCAGAAAUUAUACUUUCCCGUAGUAACAAUCCAAAGCAAGAUGGUUCAUCUGUACAAACAUAUACGAUUCAAACUUCACCGGAUACUCCUUCCGACACUAAUACUAUAAUUAUUCAACAAAAAAUUAGGAAAAUAACAAAACCCCCUACUAAAUUACAAAAAAUCAAGCCACAUAAUUCAUUAGUGGCACCUCUCAAUGAACCGAAAAUACCAAAGGCGACACCUGCGGAUGACACUAUAUUUGACAUAAAUUCUAUGCCAAUUGUUCUAUCGGAGGAUCUUUUAACUCCAGAAAGCAUUGAAAAAAUGCCCGUCGUAAUGUCAGACGGAAAUAUUAUAAGUCAUACACCUAUUAAUCCUCCUAAACUCGUAAAAUCGAAACAGUCACCAGUUGAAUGUGAAAAGAUUCCAAUAAGCGCCACACCAAAUAAACCAGAAGUUAAAACAUUGUUGAUGAAUCCAGUAACUGAAGUGAGCAAUGUUACUACACCCAACAUUCUAUCAAAAUCGUCAAAACUACGUGGAGCAAAAACUAUGCUGCUUAUUGACAAAACUACUGGAAAACAAAAAAUCAUUAUGACUAAACCUGAACCACCAGUAAAAGAAGUAAAACAACCAACGACAGUAAUGCAAUCUGUUUCUUCGGCUGGAAAAACGGAGAAGUUUAUUAUAUUACCUACGCCUAGUUCCCCUAGACCGAGUCGGGCCCAAAAAAUUGUAAUUGAUCCGCAGACAGGAAAAGCUCAUGUUCUAGUUGCAAAAAGUUCGGAGCCCCAACCAAGUCCCCCUGAAAAUAAACCAGUCUCUGCAAAACUUAUCGCAUCGCAAAGUGACACCAACGCUCCUGGUAACACAGUGAUGAUCAUAACAAAUGCUCAGGGAGCGCAGUCAAGAAUAUUGCUAACACCAGAACAUGAAAAGAUUCUAUUUCCUAACAAACAACAAGCAAAUAUUUCUCAAUUAAAAACUAUAGCACAAAGAAUUACAACAAAUACACAAAAAACUAUUGUAAAUACCGGUACGACGAUUAAAUCACAAACAGCAACUCAUACAAAAACUCAAACAAGAAUAGUGCCAAAACAAAAGAAUGCAAUAAUCACUUCCAAAGGUCAGUUAAUUGUAGGGGGGCGUGUCGCAACUACAUCACAGAAUAUUGCACCCAUGCCGGAAACUCGACCCGCACCCAAGAGAAUAGUGGCGGCCGAACCGAAAAAACUAGUUCAAGCUAUACAGAAAACUACAACCGAGCCUUUAAUAUUUUUACAGCAAAAAUCAGGCGCUAUGAUGCAAUUAACUGCAGCUCAAUUCGAACAUAUGCAAAAGACUGGACAAAUCGUACAGAGAUCUACGGUGCCCGUUCAAGAGAAUAAAAUUCUAGUUCAAAAACAAAUCCCUAUACCAGCUAACGAGCCUCCGAUCACUACGGUACAAAAGACAAGGAUUCGCAAAACAGUCUCUGACUCUCCUACACCCGUCAAAAAAAUGAAACAGGAGAUUGCAAUAGCUCCUGCUCCAGUUCGAUCUCCUAGCGUUCCGGUGCCAGCAUUGACACCAAUAUCUAACACUACAGCAACUUCUAUUCUUCCACCAGUUUCAAACACGGUGUCUAUUGCAACAAGUGCUUCAUAUCCUGAAUAUGAUAAUUUCGAAGAAUUAUUGCCAUCAACGGCAAUAGCGCGGCAAUCAGAACCUUCUGUGAUGCAAGCGGAACAAACUGCCGCGCCACCGCAGGCGUCGCUUUCGGACGGUCAGCUGUUGGCAGUGCCGGGUGAGCCAUUUGGAGGACCGCCGGGAUCAUUUUACCUUUGCGUGGAAGACAACGGAACUCUUACUCCAAUAGAUCAUAGACCCUUAAUAUUGGAAAAUAAUCAAUUGGUUCCGAUGGCAGUAGAACCAUUACCUGUUUUAGCACCACAACCAGAGCGCAGAGACAUAUUAGAAGCCGCGUUAGCUAAUAGUGACGUAUUUCACGCGGAUACCCCGAGAGAUGAGGCACCUGAUUUUAGAGAUUUAAACGCAAAUGUGUCAGUACACUGUCGAGUAUCUGAAACUAGUACCACUCUUAAUCAACCCAUAAUGACUCCAGUGGAAAUGCCAACAAAAGUAGAUAGCGAGCCUGCUGUACCGUCAAAUUUAGAAGAUGGUCUUGCAGUAAUAGGUGUCACUCCUCACACAGUUCCCACAUCUUUAGAAUUGCCGAUCACAGUGACAGACCCUAGAAUAGCGCCGAAAACGACUGAUCCUUUAAGUGGUGCUAAUUACGGAACGACAUUACUACCUUCACCUAACACGGAAAUGUCGUUUGUAACGGCUGAAGAGACGGACGUGCCAAUGGUGGGUCCAAUAUCUAUGCCUUUACUCACUGAAGAGGAAUCCGUGGGGAAAUCUAUGCCCAUAUUGACCGAUGAGGUUACAGAAAGGACAGUGUCCUCUGUAGAAUCAACAAUAGGAUCUCCUUCGUCCAUCGAUGUUCGCGAGUCUGAGACGGAGGACGGGAGCCAGUGGACGCGACGCCUUCUCACACCGGGCUCGGAUAUUUCCGAAGCAUCGGUUGAAAUACCUUUGCAACCUGCGAUUCAGCUAUCCGUCAAUGAUAUGUCUCAUCAUAGCUAAAUGCAAGUGUUUUAUAAGAAAUUAUACAAAUUGUAAAACUUUUUUAUGUACGACGGAUACAAUUAAAAUUCCCUAUUCUUUUGGAAUUGAUUCAGGAACACAUUAUUAUAUUUAUUAUAAAGUGUUGUAGACGUGCAAUGACAAUCUUUUCCUGUUAUCUGUAUGAUUUCUCUUUUUAUAAACUUGUUAUAUUACUUAGCAUUAUUCGUGCAUAGCUACAAGGGUAGCUCGUAAGUUUUGUUGUGUUUAUGGUGCCGCUUUGUGAACCUGGGCUUGUGUUUGAAACGCAUGCCGAUAUCGAUUAUUGUAAAUAUAUCUGUAGGUUGAAAACAAUUGGAAGGAGUUACGUGCCGUCACGAGCUGACAUUAUUGAAUGAUUCUAUGUUUAAUGCAAUAAGGCAUAAAACGUUAGAUUAAGAAUUUACAACUGUAAAUUUAUGAUAUUGUUGGAUAGUAUGUGUAAUAUAUAAAAAUUAGGUACAUAGUAUUUUUAUAACGUGUAGCGAGGUUGGAAUGCGUGCAACUGGGGUUUGUACACGGAGAGGUGCACUAUUAUGUGAAACAUAGAGUCGGGCCACGGCGCGAGACACUCGCGUCCAGUGGAUGAGCAAGACGCCGAUAUAUCGGCACCGUAACUGAUUGGAAUAUUAAUAUCAUAGUUAAGGUAUUAAUGUUAAGUACAAUAUUGUUGAAGUAAUUUUUAAAACUGUCGCGAUACACUUGUACGGUUUAUGUGAGUGAUCUAUGUUGAAAUCUAGAUGGACUAUAAAUAUCGAGUCUAGUAUAUAAUAAUACUUCUGUGUAGUUUUAAUAAAUAAAAUUUUAAUCAAUCGA